UUUGUUUUUGUCGACAGGAUCGAUCACUGUUACGACAAACCGUCGGCGGUGCCAGUAGAGGCUCAAAGUGACCCAGACUCGCCGUUCGUCUCGAAGACACCAGAGCAAUGUAGCCAAAUGCUCCUCAGGCUUCGCGAAGACACCGACUCAGAGAUUGUUCCUUACUACGUUAUGAUCAUGGUCGAGAGACCGCAAAAGGACGAUACCGUGCUGCUUGUGUCAGCAGUAAUAGAAGCGCCAGUGUGUACCGUGAGGGCUACUUUCGAGGCGUCUGCGCAGGCGAUCGUGCUUUGCCUUACAGGACAUAGGGGUAUUGAAGAGGAUAUCGAGAGUGCUGAAGGAAAGGAAGAUGGUGUCUAUCACGGACGGUAA